GGGAGCAGCCCUGGGCUGGGCCGCGGCCCCGGCACCGCCCGCCCGGCCUGCCCGUCCGGCCUUCCCGAGCGCGGGGGGCGGUGCCGGGGCCGCCUCUUCUCCCGCUGCUCGGAGGCCCCUGUGCCACACAAGUGGUGGCUUGGACCCUGUCGGGAGGAGGAGCAGCCGGUCUGUGGAAUCCCGCGUAUUAUCCGGAGCUGUGUGGGAGGCUGUCCUCUCCUCACAGCCUCCUUUGUUCCUGGAGGGCCUGACGGGUUUGCUCUAGUGGUUUGAAAAUCAUCAGUCACAGAUUUCUCGUAGGACUUCCCGUGUUUCUCCUUUGUACAACUGCACGUGGAGCAGGUCCGUUCCUCUGACUUCUCAGGAGGAGGUGUGAGAGCUCUGCUUCUGUGCUCAUGCAGGGAUUCACUCCAGGAUCUUUCUAAGGAUGAGUAAGCUUUCAUACCAAAAAGCUCACCAUGUCCAGUAGGUCUCAGGAGUGAGGAUGUCUUGCAGAAAAUUACACCCCCAGUGUUCAAUAAGAACUAUGCCAAGGAAAAGAAAGCUGUUGGCUCAGUUAAGUGCUCUCCAAAGUAACACCAGCUUCCCUCCUCUUGAUGCCUUGGAAAACCUGAAUGCUACACCUGAUGGGGAUUCUCCAAAAAACAGCAAAUACUUUGUGGCAGAGAAAAGAAAUUCUUCUCAGCUAGAAGCAGAUUUCUUCAACCAGCCCUGUAUUAGUCUGGCCAAGUCCUUUCUGGGACAGAUUUUAGUGCGCAAACUUCCUGAUGGCAGAGAACUCUGGGGGAGGAUUGUUGAAACAGAAGCUUAUCUGGGUGGGGAAGAUGAAGCUUCCCACUCAAAAGGUGGGAAGCAAACUCUGCGAAAUGCAGCAAUGUUCAUGAAACCAGGAACCCUCUACGUGUACCAGAUCUACGGGAUGUAUUUCUGCAUCAAUGUUUCCAGCCAAGGGGAAGGGGCUGCAGUGUUACUUCGGUCCUUAGAACCUCUUCAGGGCUUGGAAGCCAUGAGGGAGCUGCGCAGCACGGCAAGGAAAGCGGCCCUGAAGCCCCUGAAGGACUGGCAGCUCUGCAACGGGCCCUCCAAGCUCUGCCAAGCCUUUGGGAUCGACAAGGCUUUCGACCAGAGGGACCUGACUCAAGAUGCAGCCAUCUGGAUGAUGCCUGGACAAGACCUACUGGGGGAGCACGAGGUGGUGGCCACAACGAGGAUCGGUAUUGGCAACAGGGGAGAGUGGGCUCAGAAACCUCUCAGGUUUUAUUUACGAGGAAACAGAUUUGUCAGUGUUAUAGACAAGAAAACUGAGAGAGAAAUGGCAGCAAUGGGACACUCACCUUGCAGCUGAGGAGUCUUGCAAGUGUGCCACUGAGCAGGACUGGAGCUGUGCUCUGUGUGACAGCCUCAGGCUAUGUCAUGGCAGCAGCUAGGCAGACAGUGGCUUAGAGGUUUUUAACAAUAAAUGUACUUUAUCACAAGGAAUGGG